AUGAGUAGCGCAAACCUAGAAGGGAAGGAGAGAGAUGGAUGGCACCGUGUUUUCCCAUGCAGAGCCCAGCCGGAGAGGACAAGGGCAGGAGGCACCAUGAGUGGGGGCCCUUCAGGAGGCAGGCCUGGGGGCCGCGGAGGACAAGGGGUUCAGCAGAACAUCCCGUCCACCCUCCUCCAGGACCAUGAGAACCAACAACUCUUUGAGAUGCUCGGACGGAAGUGCUGGACGCUGGCCACUGCGGUUGUUCAGCUGUACCUGGCGCUGCCCCCUGGAGCCGAGCAUUGGACCAAGGGACACUGUGGAGCUGUGUGCUUCGUGAAGGAUAACCCCAAGAAGUCUUACUUCAUCCGCCUUUAUGGCCUUCAGGCUGGCCGGCUGCUGUGGGAACAGGAGCUGUACUCACAGCUGGUCUACUCUGCUCCCACCCCCUUUUUCCACACCUUUGCUGGAGAUGACUGCCAAGCGGGGCUGAACUUUGCAGACGAGGGCGAGGCCCAGGCCUUCCGGAACCUGGUGCAGGAGAAGAUACAAAAACGGAAUCAGAGGCAAAGCGGGGACAGGCGCCAGCUCCCACCUCCACCAGUGCCAGCCAGUGAAGAGAGAAGAGGAGGGCUCCCACCCCUGCCCCCGCACCCAGGUGGAGACCAAGGGGGCCCAGCAGCCAGCCCAGUGUCUCUGGGGCUGGUGACAGUGGACAUCCAGAACCCAGACAUCACGAAUUCACGAUACCGUUCGCUCCCAGCACCUGGGCCUGGCCCAAGUGAUAAGAAACGCUCAGGGAAGAAAAAGAUCAGCAAGUCUGAUAUUGGUGCACCCAGUGGAUUCAAACAUGUCAGCCACGUGGGGUGGGACCCCCAGAAUGGAUUUGACGUGAACAACCUGGACCCAGAUCUGCGGAGCCUGUUCUCAAGGGCGGGAAUCAGUGAUGCCCAGCUCACCGAUGCUGAGACCUCCAAAUUUAUCUAUGACUUCAUUGAGAACCAGGGUGGGAUGGAAGCUGUGCGGAAGGAGAUGAGGCGCCAGGAGCCACUUCCACCGCCCCCACCGCCAUCCCGAGGAGGGAACCAGCCCCCCCGGCCCCCAACUGUGGGGAGUAACAAGGGUCGCUCUGGCCCUCUGCCCCCUGUACCUUCGGGAGGUGCUCCUCCCCCACCAACUCCCCGGGGACCCCCACCCCCGGGCCGAGGGGGCCCUCCGCCACCACCCCCUCCAGCCACUGGACGCUCUGUGCCACCGCCCCCUCCACCCCCUGGAGCUGGGGGUGGACCGCCCAUGCCUCCGCCACCGCCACCGCCACCACCGCCACCACCCAGCUCUGGGGAUGGACCAAUCCCUCCCCCACCCCCUCCUUCUCUGGGGCUUGUGGGGGGCCCGGCCCCUGGUGGGGGUCGGGGGGCACUUUUGGAUCAAAUCCGGCAGGGAAUUCAGCUGAACAAGACCCCGGGGGCCCCAGAGAGCUCAGCGCUGCAGCCACCACCUCAGAGCUCAGAGGGGCUGGUGGGUGCCCUGAUGCACGUGAUGCAGAAGAGAAGCAAAGCCAUCCAUUCCUCUGACGAAGGGGAGGACCAGGCCGGGGAUGAUGAUGAUGAUGAUGAAUGGGAUGACUGAAUCACCACCACCUCUGCUGUUCUGUGCUGGGCUCCCCUGGCAGCCCUCCUCGCCACCC